AUUGUAGAUCACAAUUUCAAUUUUGCACGGCUCUUGUCUCUGAAGAAGCUUUUAAUUCCAAGUUCCAACCCACAGUUUUUUAUUUUUUUUCGCCUUUCUUUUCUACUUACCAAGAGAUUCUAAACUGCUUUUUCUGUAUGAGUAGUGUGUCGGUUUUCAUACAAAUGGUUUUCAAUGCAGCAGUCCUUACUGUCCUCAAAACCGGUGUUUGGUUGUCACUUAUGAGCAACUUUCUCAUAGUAUUAUCCGAUGAAAUUGAGAUUGAAGAGAGUAAUAUUUACUGCUUGAAAUCAAUAAAGGAUUCCUUGGAAGACCCUUUCAAUUACUUAGGCUCUUCUUGGAAUUUCAGCGACACGAGUAAGGGCUUCAUCUGUAAAUUUAAGGGAAUAGAGUGCUGGAAGGAUGAUGAGAACAAGGUGUUAAAUAUCCGACUCUCAGGCUUGGGACUCAAGGGUCAAUUUCCUCGAGGGUUCUCAAGCUGCACCGCCUUGACCGGUUUAGAUCUUUCAGGGAACAAUCUUUUCGGAAUCAUCCCUGAUGAUAUUGGGCGAAUCCUCCCAUUUGUUACAUAUCUCGAUCUUUCGGCCAACAGUUUCAGUGGUGAAAUUCCGCCCGGUAUUGCAAAUCUUACUUAUCUCAAUAUCCUAAAACUUGAUGACAAUCGGCUCACUGGACAAGUCCCACAUGAGCUUGGCUUGCUGCUUCGCAUGAAGUCUUUUAGUGUCGCUAACAAUCUGUUGUCGGGGCCGGUGCCAGAUUUUGGUAGAACCUCUGUUACAACAGCUGAGAGCUAUGCAAAUAAUAAAGGACUUUGUGGGGGUCCUUUGAAGCGCUGCAAGGCUUCUGAUGCUUACGAUCAUGCUUUCUUCUUAAAUGGGUUCGCCGUUGGUUGUUCUGUUUCUACUGUUGUAGUUUUUGCUCUGACUAUGUUUUGUUUGCCCUUUGAUCCACUAUUAAAGAAGAUUAUGAGUAGCAAGAAGAAGAAAAGAAACCAAAAGGUGGUUCAACGAAGACAAUGGCACCCAACUACAAUGAAUAGAGUUGAGGAUACCACGAUUUCUAAAUUGGAGAAGUUGGUUACUAGAAUAAGCUUCACAGAACUCGUGAAUGCUACUGAAAAUUUUAGAGAAGACAACAUCCUCGGGUUGGGAAAGACAGGGACAAUGUACAAGGCAGUGUUCUCAAAUGGUUCGUUCCUUGCCAUCAAGAGGUUCUUCGACUCACAAUUCUCUGAAGGACACUUUAUGUCCGAGGUAAUGACUCUAGGUAGAUUGAGACACAUUAAUUUAGUACCUCUGUUUGGUUUCUGUUAUGAAGGAAAGGAAAAACUGUUGGUUUACAAAUAUAUGCCAAAUGGUAACCUCUAUGAUUGGCUACACCUCCGGAAUGCGAGCUCAAGACCAUGAAAUGGCCUGUGAGGGUUAAAAUUGCUGUUGGGUUAGCAAGAGGAUUGGCAUGGCUUCACCACCAUGACAGAAAAUUCCGGGUAUUCAAUCAGAACAUAAGCUCAAAAUGUGUACUACUAGAUAAGAAUUUUGAGCCCAAGAUCUCUAAUUUUGGGGAGGCAAAGUUCAUGAACUCGAAUGAUGCUGCUUUGGGUGGGAGUCCUUUCACGAAUGAGGAAUUGUUGGAGUUGGGUUUUGAUUUGUUGGAGCUGGGUUUUGAUAAGAAAGAUGUAUAUAGCUUUGGAAUUGUGCUUCUUGAGCUGCUUACAAGGAAGGAACAUCGUAUGGCAACCAUUGCUGAAGCUUCUGCAAAUUCUGAUAGCAAUUUGGUUGAAUGGAUCAUCAAUCUUGUAAGUACCUCUUUUAGUCUGCAAGAUGUAGUUGAUGACUCUCUGAUCGGGUUGGGAUUCGAUGGUGAGAUCUUUGAGUUCAUCAAUAUUGCAUGCAAAUGCGUUCAAUCAGUGCCAGAGCAGAGGCCAACAAUGCUGGAAGUGUACCAAACAAUGAGGGCCAUUGGGGAGAAACAUGGCAUUGUGGACGAUUCUGAGAUGUAGAAAGAAACAGCCAGUGCUAGUGAGGGAGAUGUUGAAAUAAUAUGGUAGACGAAAUAUGCUAAACAAGCCAAAUUCAAUGGGAAACCUUGUUUUGAUUUACUUAAUUUUUAAUGCAAUAUUAUCAUUAUUAUUAGGAGCACAACUUGAUUACGUGUGAAGGAAUCAUUUGCUGGCCGUAAAACU